AUGGAUUACAACACGCCAGCCGAAGCACCGCCUGCAGGUCAGGUCUCUAACUUCAUAAAUCCACCUUCCCAACGAACAGCAAUUAUUGUGCUACAAACAAUCUUCCUGUUCCUCUCGCUCUUGGCAGUUUCUGUCCGUGUUUGGGUACGGACGAGUAUCAUCAAACUAUGGGGCGCUGAAGAUACUACCUGUAUCAUUGCAGCAUGCGGCGCUUUUGCUCAUAUGACGCUGUACACCCAAACUCUGCCGCUAGGGAUAGGACGGCACAUGUGGGAUGUACGGGCAAUCAAUCUCAUUGACCCUGCCUCCAACCGUAUACUCGAUGCGGGUGGAAUUACUUUCCCCCUGACUGUCUGCUUCGCGAAAAUCUCGAUCCUCCUUCUUUAUAAGCGUGUGUUCCCGCUGCGCCGUGAAAUAAUCGCAGUUUGGGUUGGUAUAGUUGCUAUUGCGGUGCUAUAUAUCUUUUGCAUCUGCAUAGCAGUCGUCAGUAUGGUGAAAUGCGCAGAAUUAUCACAGCUUGAGAAUUCAUACUGCAAGUUUGAUGCCGGGACAAUGAUCACAAUCCAAUCUGUGAUUAACGUGGUUACCGAUUUCUACGUGUUGCUUCUGCCCAUCCCGCGUCUGGUCAAGCUACAGGUUAGUCGGCGGCGGCGAAUUGGACUUCUGCUGACGUUUAUGAGUGGGCUCGGUGCGUGUGCCACUAGUCUGGCUCGGUUGAUCAACUUCCAGAUUAAUGACAAGUCUGAUGUCUUCUGGGUUACGGGCCGCAAUGCCCAGUUCACGAUCGUUGAGAUGAAUAUCGCCAUCAUUGUCGCGUGCGCAACAUCUUUCCCGAUCUUCUUCGCCCGGAUUCGGUCUCUCGGCUCGUCCUUUUAUACUUCAGCUGUGUCUUUACUUCACAAUACAAAUUCACAGGAGUCUCCCAAGGUCAGUCAGACUGUUGAUAAGCUGCGGAACAACUUAUCUACCAGAAGACCAACAAGUCAGAAUUGGGAAAGACUCAAAAAUGUCAGAACAGAUAGCCGGUCGAACACACAAGAGCUGGAGUUUCUCGCUGACAAUGCUGUUUAA